AUGCUCCUACUUCGCCUUGUUGAUGAAUGGUCAAAACACGAAUCAGCCAGCCUGAGCACUAUGACUACUCCAGCACCCCCUGCCGAUGCGAACGACCUUGGAGAUGGUUUAGUUCUAACAGCUCCACGUCUUGUUCAUACAAUUCAUAAGUCCCCAUACGCGGGUCUAUCACCUCUUCGCCAUGAGCUGAACCAGUCCGGACGGACCGUUCUCAUCACUGCUCGCUCGGCUGGCAUAGGGUUUGCGAUUGCACGGGCAUAUGCUGAGGCCUCGGCUUUCAAGCUUAUUCUGACUGGCCGCCGUAGUGACAUUCUUCAACAGGCAUCUUCUAAGCUCUCAUCCGCUUUUCCCGAGGUGGAAAUCAUCCCCCGGAUUUGCGAUGUAGGAAACUCCGAGGAGUCCGCCAGGCUUUGGUCUAGCCUUGGCAAGGAUGGCAUCUUUGUCGAUGUCCUCAUCCUGAACGCAGCCAAAUUCGGCUCGCAGCAGCAGCCUCUUCUUGAGGCUGACCUAGACGAGAUCUGGUCCUUAUACCAAACUAAUGUCAAGGCCAUUCUGGAUUUCCGUCAGCGACUCUACAGGCAGAAAGGUGCUGAAGACAAGAAAAUGUUUAUUGUCUACGUUUCGACGGCAGCCAUCCACAGUCGACCUAUUGCAGCUUCCUUGCCGGGCUACUCAUUGAGCAAGAUUUCUGGCCACAUUUUGGUUCAGAAGAUUGCAGAGGAAGUGGAUCGUGAAAGACUGCAGAUUGUCAGUUUCCACCCUGGUCAGAUCCUCUCUGAAACUGCUAGAUCUGCAGGCCUUGAUGAGAAUAGCUUUCCCUUUGACGAUGAAAACCUGCCUGGGCGUUGGGUCGUCUGGGCGUCGACCUCCGAGGCCACAUUUCUGCAUGGCCGUUUCGUUUGGGCAGCAUGGGAUAUAGAGGAGCUAAAGUCGGAGGAUAUUAAACAGCGCAUGAAUGCUGACCCUGGCUUCCUCACCCUUGGUCUUAUAGGGCUCUAA